AUGAUUUACUCCUCCGGAAGAGAAUCCUUCUUCAACCUCAACUCCACCUGGUACGAUCCCUCGGGCUCCUGGCUGGACACGCGGCGCACGCCCUUCCGCUACGGCUACAACACGUGCUGCUCCUCGGGCUGCCACGGCGAGGGCGCGGAGGGCAUGAGGGGCCACGACUACCGCCACUACGGCUACCGGCAGCCCCGCUGCGCCGAGCGCUGCCACGGCUACGCCGCCUCCUCGGGCUCGUGCCACGGCGGGGGUGGCAGCUGCGUCAGGAGACCCACGUACAGCUACGGGGGCUCAGGGGGGUGCCAGGGCUAUGGGAGGUCCGUGUGCUCCGAGAGGUGCCAGGGCUCCUCGGGCUCGUGCCACGGAGGGGGUGGCAGCUGUGUCAGGAGACCCACGUACAGCUACGGGGGCUCGGGGGGCUGCCAGGGCUACGGGAGGUCCGUGUGCUCCGAGAGGUGCCACGGGCCGGUGGCCCAGGCAUCUCCUCAGCAUCUCCUCAGCGUCUCCUCUCGAGCUCCUUCUGAACCAGGUCUCCAACCAUGUCCUCCCGCUGCCAGGACAAGGACAAGGAAUGGCCCUCCUACCACGCAGAAUUGCACUGCAGAGGCGGAGCCGGUGACGACCCAAGAGGUGGCCGUGGGGGUGGUGGUGGUAAAUCCAGUAACCACACAAACAGUGGUGGAUCUAGUAGCCACGGAAGCAGUGGUGGAUCCAGUAGCCAGGCAAGCAGUGGUGGAUCCAAUAGCCACGGAAGCAGUGAUGGAUCCAGUAACCACACUAACAGUGGUGGAUCUAGUAGCCACGGAAGCAGUGAUGGAUCCAGUAACCACACUAACAGUGGUGGAUCCAGUAGCCACGGAAGCAGUGGUGGAUCCAGUAGCCAGGCAAGCAGUGGUGGAUCCAAUAGCCACAAAAGCAGUGGUGGAUCCAGUAGCCAGGCAAGCAGUGGUGGAUCCAACAGCCACACGAGCAGUGGCUGAUGCAGCACCCUCGGGAACGUAUCUGGCAGCCAUGGGAGCAGGGGAUCCGGAUUCCAUGGGACCAACACAGGAUCCGUCUCUGGAGGUAUCUACUGCAACACCACCUACCACAGACCCUCAAAUGACAACUGAUCGCCCCACCAGCUGCCAGUGACCCGCAGGAAUGCCCUGGAUCCAUGUUUGGAAAGCUUUGCAUGUGCCCAGCAAUUUCCAAGGACAACGUGUCCUCACCCUCCCCUGGUGUGUCCUGUAACCUCUCCUGAGAUGCUCUGUGGGUGCUGAAAUAAAGGCUUUGCUCACGCUGGCA